AUGGCGGCAUCGCUCACUUUCCAGUCGAAGCAGAAGCUUACCAGCGGCUAUGAAAUCCCCGUACUGGGAUACGGCCUCUGGAAGACUCCCCCUGAGCAGGCCGAGGAAGUGGUCACUGAGGCUCUGAAGGUCGGGUAUCGCCAUAUCGACUCGGCCGCCUCGUACAAGAACGAGGCCGGUUGCGGAAGCGCCAUCCGCCAAGCAAAGGACAUCCCCCGGUCCGACAUCUUCUUCACUUCCAAGGUCCGCUACAUCCACUAUGACGGCGCCAAGGACCAAGUCGAGGCGACUCUGAAGGAGACCGGUCUUGAGUACAUCGAUCUCAUGCUCCUUCACUGCCCCUACGGCGGUUCCGAGGGUCGCAAGGGCGCCUGGAAAGCCCUCGUUGAGGCUAAGGAGGCCGGUAAGGUGCGCUCCAUCGGUGUCAGCAACUACGGCGUGCACCAUCUCGACGAGCUUGAGACGCACAUCAAGGAGCUCGAGGCCGAGCGUGGUGGUCCCGGCAAGGGUGGCGCCAUUGACGUCGCGCAAUAUGAAAUCCACCCUUGGUGUGCCAGAAACGAUAUCGUUCAGUGGUUGCAGAAGCGCAACGUCGCCAUUGAGGCCUACAGCCCCCUCGUUCGAGGAGAGAGAUGGGGCGAGAAGAACCUCAAGGCCCUGGCUGAUAAGCACGGCAAGUCCGAGGCUCAGAUUCUUCUGCGCUGGAGUCUUCAGAAGGGAUACAUUCCCCUGCCCAAGAGUGUUACUCCUGCCCGAAUCCGCGCCAAUACCGAGAUCUACGACUUCCAGUUGUCCGACGAUGACAUGAAGUCUCUCGAGACCGAUGAGUACGCCCCAGUCUGUUGGGACCCGACCGUCAGCCCGCUGGACGGACCCAAGAGCGGUUGA